UAUUGUUUUAAAACAUACUGCUUAUCCAUGUUGUCUCUCCCCAUCUUACAGUAUUAUCGGUAUUUAGCGACUUCAUGAAGCAUGCUCUGCAGUUAUCAAACACUUCUCCAGACAUCUGGUUCUAUCGGUGAUUCUUGAGCGGUACAAGAGAUUAUUAAUAAUAUCAGCUCAGUACAUGUAACAAGAUUUUUUUCACAAAAUGAAAAUGAAUACAGACAACAGCGGAUAUACUAUUAUCAGGAAAACGACAGAGGCUCCAGCUCGGAGAUCGUACCCACAUCAGCUGCAAGUUGUGUUUAAUGCACUACGAGACGAAUGCAUUGAAAAACAUUCCAAAGAACCAACGCUUUCAUCAGAUGACCCUUAUUGUAACAGAACAAUUGACCGUUGGGGCGGAUGCUGGCCAGACACAUUUCCAGGACAGAUUGCAAAGAUUAAAUGUCCUGAUAUAGUAACUUUUGAUAAAAACGCCUUUGCCUACAGAGAGUGUACGAAUAAUGGAACGUGGUACAAAAAUCCUGACACAGGAAACACUUGGGCAAACUAUUCUUUGUGUUCACGGACUGUACAAAUUACAAAUGACAUUAAUUACAUCUAUAUAUUCAUCGGAGGAUUCUCUUUGUCUUUACUCAUGCUUAUUAUCUCCCUCGGUAUCUUCUUACGGUUCAAACAAUUGCGAUGCGACAGAAUUACAAUUCACAAGAACCUAUUUCUUUCCUAUACAUUCACGGGCACUUCGUGGAUCAUGUAUUAUGUUCUCGCUGCAUUAAAUGGAAACGUUAUGCUGUCAAAUCCGGUUUGGUGCCAGGUGCUACACGUCGUAUGUCAGUAUUUCGUAGUGUGUAAUUUCCUUUGGAUGUUUUGUGAAGGCUUGUACCUCAACACAAUUAUGGUGUAUGCCUUUAAUUCUGGAAAAAUGCUAAUUAUUGCAUGUUAUUUCAUAGGAUGGGGAGUACCAGCAGUGUUAGCAACUGUAUAUGCGCUAAUUAGAGGUAGUGAUGAUUCAUCGGCUGUAGAGUGUUGGAUAAAUGAAAGCAAUCUACAAUGGAUUAUGUACGGGCCAAUAGUUCUUUCACUUUCUAUCAACGUGAUUUUCUUAGCCAACAUAGUUCGACUGUUGGUAACCAAAUUACGCCAAAUGCCGGAUGCCGAUCAGACAAGAAAAGCUACACGCGCAACACUUAUACUGAUUCCCUUAUUAGGUUUGCAAUACCUUCUGUUUCCCGUUCGACCGGAAGCUGGUUCGUCUUUUGAAAAUGUGUACCAUAUAGCAACUGCGCUGUUAAUUUCUCUACAGGGUGCGUUUGUGUCUAUGAUGUAUUGCUUUUGUAAUAGUGAGGUCCUACAACUAUUAAAACGUAGAUGGAACCAGCAUAGAUUAAUGCACUCUGGAAAAUUGACGUCUACUCAUGUAACAACUUAUACCACUAUGGACCCGACGACACACGCCACUGCCACAUACUGUAGCACAGGUAAACUCAAUGAACCUGCAGUAGAACUGUCCAAAAUUGACGGUAGAGUUUGAGAUUUUAAAGAAAAUUAUCCUGCCAUCUACCUCCUAGAUAAUUGUCAGUAAACUGAAGAGGCGAUAUCAAAUAUGAUGAAAAAUGUGACAUAUAGAAUGUGAAAAUGGUCAGUCUGAAGUUAAAUUGUUUAGCAAGUCGUCUAGUAAUGACCAAGAAGCGUAUAAUGUUUGUUAUGAUCAAAUGUAAGAUGAAAGCGUUUAUAAAAGAAGAAGGCAAUCAAUAAUUGUGUCAAACAACAGCGCAACAGAGAAAAAUCAGAAAGUUCUUAAACGAAAGCAUUAACCAAACAGCUUAAGUCGGGACUCAAUAGUGUCUUACUGAGUCGCGCGGUAGUAGAUAUAUUAAAGAAAAGACAUACAGACAUGUUCAUUAUUUGUGUGGCAAAAGUACAUUAUGAAUGAUUAUAUUCACUUAGUGUGCGUUAUCUUGUACAAAUAUUUUUACCCGCAAGCUCUGUUAAAGUCUAGCGAAAUAUUUUUUUAUUUAAACCUGUGUUGACUCUAUAAGAUCAAAGUCACAGGCUCAGGUACAUGCCGACAAAUAUUCCUCUACAGUUCAUAUCAUUAUGUCAUUUACUUUUCGGAUACUAGCAGCUCGAAAUUCCAACAAUGUGCCUAAAAGUAGGUCAAGCAAACUAAAAACAGACAAGGUUCAAUUACGAACAUGAGAAUGCUCAUGAGAAGCAAACUACAACGCCUCUCAUUUCCUGGCCUUUCUCGGGUCUAAGUGACAUGUCUGUUCUCUUCCUAAUUAAUUCUGAGAUGGCAAACAAGGUGUCCAACUUUACACUGUGUCUAUCGUUUUUAAGACACUAAUUUAAGAUAAUAUACAUAGAACGUCUUAUUAGGAGCUGAUUUAUGGAAGCAAUAUCUAAUCGUCGAUAAAGCGGACUUACAAUAUA